AUGAGUUCUCUUAAGCGCUCUUCUAGCGCUAUAAAAGGCUCCAACGAGUAUAGAUCUUCCAAGAGCGGCAGGAAACAGCUCAGAACCAUUAGAAAAGCAAGUGGUCCUAGACGCGGGCUUGCGGAAGAAAGUGCGAACGAGGAAAACAACGGCAGCGAAACUGAAGCUGAAGACAAAUUGGCCGCGCCGGAACUGAACGAGCCGGCGCAGGACCAAAGAGCUGGUGGCGAGGCCUACGCUGCUUUGCUGACGUUGCUGAAAGCUGAGCACGGCGGGCCAGCUAGACGCAAGACUAAAACCGACGACAAGAAAACCUCGGCCGAUCCCACGAGUAACGUAAAGGAUGAGGAAGAAAGCGAAUCUCGAGACAACGAGGAUGAGGAGGAGGAUGAGGAUGAGGAGGCUGCGAUCGAGAAUGCCUUAAUGGAUGAGCACACUAGCGGCGACGAAGACGAUGAAGGUGAUGAUGGUAGCCACCAAGAUGAUAUUAACGGGGUGACUCGCGAAGGCGGAGAUGCUACAGAAUUGGCUGCCGGCUUUGAGGAGGAAGAUAAGCCGGACACUCUGGAAAUCCACUUCAACUCCGUUUCUGAAAAAGACACAAAUGCCCUAGAUGCCGCAUUCAAAGCGAAAGAGGUGCGCUACAGAUCUUGUAAAUUACAUGUGGAUAAAAACCAAGAGUUCAUAUACUCUCGCCCUACUCUCGUGAACGAACCCGCCAGCGCUGUGAGUGCGCCUGACGGAAGCCAAUCUCUCAAUUCAUACUUCAUAAAGCAAAGAUUAAAAAUCCAAAAUGAUCUACUUGACUCCCAGGACAAGCUCACCCCACUGCAAAAGCAGAUCGUUGAUCCAAUGUUUCAGUACCAAGAUUUGCUGUACGAGUAUGAAGAUUAUGAUAAGGAGACCGAGUACCGCGAUUUGUAUGCUCUCCAUGUUUUAAAUCACAUCUAUAAGACGCGUGAUCGGAUUUUGAAGAACAAUCAACGUCUCCAAGAAAACCCCGACCAAGAACUUUUAGACCAGGGGUUCACCAGACCUAAGGUGCUUAUUGUCGCUCCUACAAGGGAUGCGGCGUACGAUAUUCUCUCUAAAAUUAUUCAAAAGUCUGGGCUAGACCAAGUGGAUAAAAAAGCCAAGUUCAAAGACCAAUUUUUCCAAGAAGCCCUUCCACCCAGCUACAAACCCAAGUCUUUUCAACAGCUAUUCAAGGGUAACACGAAUGAUUUUUUUGUCCUGGGAGCAAAGUUCACCAGAAAAACUAUCAAACUUUACAGCAACUUCUAUCAAUCUGACAUUAUAAUUUGCUCCCCACUGGGUAUUCAGUUAAUUCUAGAGAACACCGACAAGAAAAAAAGGCAAGAUGACUUUCUGUCAUCCAUAGAGUUGCUGGUUGUCGACCAACUUCACAGCAUUGAGUUCCAGAACAUGUUACACUUAACGUCCAUUUUUGAGCAUAUAAACAAAAUUCCCCAACAGCAGCACGACGCCGAUUUUAGCAGAAUCAAAAUGUGGUAUAUCAAUGACCAGGCGAAACUAUUUCGCCAGACUUUGAUUUUUACAAAGUUCUCCAGUCCGUUUGCCAAUUCUCUCAUUAACGGAAAGUGCAGAAACUACGCCGGUAGAUGGAAAAACCAUAGAGUCAUCUUUCCAGAGAACUCUUCUUUAGGACAGCUGGGAAUGCGUACACGCCUCAUAUUCCAGAGGUUUGACUUAGUGGGAAAGAGCGUCUCAGAGGAGCCUGAUUCCAGAUUUAAACACUUCUGCAGUGUGAUAGUACCCAACAUUGUCAAGUCCACUGGUUAUGAAGACGGAAUUCUGCUGUACAUUCCAGACUACACUGACUUUGUUCGCGUUAGGAAUUAUUUGAGGGAGAAAACAACGAUCUUGUUUGGCGAUAUCAACGAAUAUUCUGAACAACGGCAACUGACGUCUAACAGGGCCAUGUUUCAACAAGGCCGCGUUAAAGUCUUACUUUACACUGAAAGGUUGCACCAUUUCCGUCGGUACGAAAUUAAAGGUGUCAAAACCGUUAUCUUUUACAAGCCACCCACUAACCCAGAGUUUUUCGAAGAAGUGGCGAGGUACUUGGGGAAGAGCGCAUUUUUGGGCCUUGCGGACUUGAACAUAUCUGUGGUAAGAUGUCUGUUCUCCAAACUGGACGGUCUCUCGUUGGAGAGGAUUGUGGGGACAGAAAGAGCAGCUGUGCUCACUCACGGACCUAACGAGACGUACGAGUUCAAGUAA